CCACCCUUGCAUUCCUCUCGACGUGCCCGCCGCCAAGCACCCGCCUGCAGUCUCGGCGCCUGUUCGAUCCCAUCCCGUGCAAAUCUCACGGCGUGCUGCACAGGAGGUGCGGGUGGGGCGCUGGAGCUGCCAACGUCCUCUUCCACUGCACCAGGCUCGUGGCGUGGCGUCGGUCGACACACCUAAGUACCCGACACCUGCACACCUCCUUCUUCCCUUCUUGUCCACCCUUUGGUCCGCAUGCACGGUGUUGCAUAGACAUCGACACGCCUCUGCGAGGUCUGGCCUGGUGCUAACACACACUCCUUCACCCCGUCACUCCUUCAAAAAGCUCGUCUGAGCGUCCAUUCCUUUCGGAGCCAUCCACCAGCAUCACAGGCACCAUCACUUCGAUCGCCUUCGCCAGCAGCUCUGAGAGCGCGGCGUCCACUCUCUCGCCUCAGAAUCAGAAUCAGAAUCACAUACAGACCGACAGCACGUGCCCGCCACAUUGCAUCGACCGAUCCAGCCCGCCAUGCUCGCCAUUCUCUUCGCCGUCCUCUCGGCAUUGGCCAUCCGGACGGCGUCUGGAGCGUCCGUAUUUGCUCAUUUUAUGAUGAUGAACUCAUACGCAUACGACCAGGACAUGUGGAAGAAGGACAUUGCCGCUGCCCAACAAGUCGGCAUCGAUGGCUUUGCGCUCAACUGGGUCCCACCCAAUUGCCAAGCCGACGAGAGCUGGGUCAUCGAUAGAAUUGAUGAUGCCUUUUCCGCCGCCGAAGACAUGGGCUUCAAGCUCAUGUACUCCUUCGACAUGAGCUACACCCAAUGCAAUUACUACUGGAACCAGACCUUCAUGCAAGAAAUGAUUACGAAAUAUGCCGGAAGCUCGGCCACAUACCGCUGGAACAACGACAUUCUCGUCUCGACCUAUGGUGGCGACAGUGUCGAUGACCAUUACGGAAACGAAUUCUUCCAGGGUCUCAAGGACAAGAUGAAAUACUGGAACAAUCCCAUCUCCCUUGCGCCAGCCUUGACCACCUACUCCAUGCACGCAUACGAGAACCCAAACACUGCGGCAUCCAACCUGAUCUCCGACUUCUCCUCGAUCGAUGGCUACUGCAACUGGCAAGCAUGGCCUCUCGAUUGUGAGAGCAACAUUACCGCAACACCCGACCAAGCGUUCCAGAGCGCAUUAAAGAAUGCCGGCAAGACGGGUCCUUACAUCAUGACGGUCUCACCCUGGCAGUACAAGGACCUCAACAAUGGCAACCCUCUCGAUGCCUGGGUCGCAUAUAGCGACCAGCUAUUCCCCAAGCGCUUUCAGCAAAUCACGAGCAACCAUGAAGUUCAGCCAGACAUUAUUGAGAUCUUGACCUGGAACGACUUUUGCGAAUCGCACUACAUCCGCGACUUGCCAUCGCGAGAUAAGACUGCCAAGGACUAUGUCGAGCUCGGCGACAUGGGCGCCUAUGUAUGGGGACAGAACCACGCUCCGUGGCGCGUAAUCGCCAAGUACUACAUCUCUUGGUGGAAGACGGGCAAGGCGCCAGAAAUUACCAUGGAUCAGGUAGUGUUCUGGCAUCGCAUUCAUCCCAAAGCCACCAUCUGCACCGAAGGUUCUUCAACCGGUAUUCGCAACAAUGCGUUCCCAGAAGAUGCUGUCUUCGCUUGGGCUCUUGUCAAAGAUGCUGCGACCAUUUCCAUGUCUGUCGGCAGCAACAAAUACUGGACUUUCAAGGCCGACGGCAGCGGACCUUCCAUGGGCUUCGUACCUUUCCCAGCAUACGUGUCGGGCGAUGGCGUGACGCCAGAAGUCUCUAUCGUACGCAACGGCAAAGUCGUUGCGGUCGCAGAGAGCUCUGUUGCGAUCUCGAGUGAUUGCGCAUGGCAGAACUUCAACCCAGUCGUCAACCUCGUUGGAGAUGGCAUUAACCAUGGUCUGUGACCGGAUUGACGACUUCCUUCACUUCUCGAUACCUGCAACAUUUGCAUUGCGUUGCGUUUUGUGUUUCUGCAUAGCCUGCGGCUUACGUUGUUUGUACGAUCCUCACGGCGAUCACGGAUGAAGAUACAAGUCUAGAAUUAGCGAAGGUGUUUCUGGGAUGUUUUAACAACUCUUCGCUGGGAGGGAGUACUGCAAAUCUUCCUCUUCCAC